AGCUGCGGUGACAUCAGUUUACGUGCUCGGAUUCACCAAUUUCCCGCUUGUCUCGGCGUAAAGUUGUAAAUGUAGCCUGCGUUUUUGUAACGCAGCCCUGACCCUGCAGUUCCCGCCCCUCGGUCCCAGCCUCAGCCUAUUCGAGCGGAUCAAUGAGAGCUGAGCUCAUAUUUGAACUGCUGCACACAGACAAAAACUUACUAUCGAAAACGGGGUUGAAAAUAGAGACGAGGCAGUGGAGUAUGGGUUGUCACUACAGCAAAAAUUGUGGCCAGGUGCCCCGGAAAAGGAAAAAAAAUAAAGCUCAAGAAGGUGAGAAUCACAUAAAGGACAUCAAACUUCAAGAUGCAAGUGUUACACACUCUUCUGAGGAGCAACGCUCCGGUUUGGAGAAUCAGUUGGAGACUUAUGAGUGGCAGCUAAAGAUACUACAUGCAGUUUUGACUGCUUCAGGAGACCAGGAGAGAGAGCAGCUCCUCAAGGACCGUCCUGGAGACAUUUGCACUUUAGUCCACAGCAUUACAGAGAAGGUAAAGACUGAGAUAACCGCUGAUCUAAAUGAUCUCCAUGAAAAACAGAUGAGCAGCACCCUAGAACGGCAUCAGAGCACAACUGAAGAGCUACAGAGAUUACACGAUGAAGAGAAGAAGGUUUUAAAUGAGUCGCAUGCAGCAGCUGAGAAUGCUUUGAAGGAUCAGAUUGAAGGGCUGACAUCAGAGCUGAAGCUGUUCAACGAGUUAAAGCGCAGAGCGGAGGAGUCCACACUCAAGAGAGACCUUCAGAGAAAUAUUGAGACUCAUGGCAGCCCUGGUGAAUUCUGGGAGCAGGAGCAGGAGAGCCUGUUAUUUGUCAUUGAAAUGAAGCUUGAGCGGUUACAGGACCAGGGGAACAAGCUGCUGCAGAUGGAAACACUGGUAGAGAAGAAUCUCUCAUUAGAGGAUCAGCUCCUGCAUGUUCUCCAGCAGAAUGAGGACUACAGGGUCCGGAUAGAAAACUACCAGAGCCUCAUACAACGACUGUCCAAGGAGCAGAAUGAGCUGCAGGAGGCGCUAGAGAAACGGUCUCUACAGAACCAGAAGCUCAGCCAGGAGAAAGAAGAGCUGCUCUUUAAGCUCCUGCACCGCAGAGACUCGUGCUCAUCCUUCCACCUUCCUUCAGUCAUACCCACUGAGGUGUCUCCCAGCUGACUGCAACAUUAACCCUCAUCACUGUAUCCUCACCCUGCCUGGCCGAGGUGCCUUAGCAGCGCUUUUUUUUUUUUUUUUUUAAAUGCCAGUUUAUUAUGGAGUGCUGUGAAUAUGCAGUGCUGAAAUGAACUUGCACUGCAUUUAUCAUUUUAACUGGCAAAACAAAUAUUUUUGUACAUUUUAUUUUGAAGAUAUGCUUAUCAGGAUUUUUAUUUUUUGGUUGCAUUUAUUUGAAAUUGCUGUGGAUAUACAGUAGUUAUUCAAGUCUUUUUUUGUUGUUAUUGUACACAGUCAGUGUAUUAGUAUUUUUUUUUUUAAUUAUUAUUUCUUUCCAGGAAACAGCAGUCAAGCAGGUAUUGUGAGCAAAAAAAAAAUAUCUUCUUGCCUUAAGACGUUAUUGGAGUCCUAGCACUUGUACAUGUAGCAUGAAUAUUUGGUAUCUUUUCAGAUGCACUUGCACUUUUAUCUCAGUAUUUUUAUUCUUUUGAGAGAUAAUGGGCUUUUGGUGUUUACCCGUAUGCUUUAUCCUACACUUUGCCUCAGUAUCUUCGGUUCUUGUGUCCUAUUGGGUAAAAUCCAGUCGUUUUAGCUCGAGCAAACACAAUGUUUGCUCAUCCAACCAGAAUAGCUGUUUUCUAUUUUGCUACUUUGUCAAAGCCAACUUUAAAAGAAUAAUCUGAAACACUCUGAACAGAAACAUUUGACUGAGCUUUUUGUAAUUAUUUCAUACUUUAAAAGCAUUUUACGCACUGAUGGCAUUCUUUUUGCAGUGAUUGAUUUGCCAUUUUAAAAGCAAAAGUGGUAAAUUGGUUGCCUUUGUGCCUAUAUCUCUCACCCCCCCCCCCCCUCCCUUUUUCUUUAAACUAUUGUGAUUCAUGCAGCAUGUUCUAUCAUAUAUACUGUAUGUUUACUUCCAAAUCAGUGCCUUUGGUGUUUCCUGUAAAAAAUCAAGCAAUAAAAGCAGCAUCAAAGGAA